AUGGCUGAGCCAACUCAUUAUAUACCCAACAACCGUCAACCCCGAGAGUCUUCGCUGGAUCGAAGAUCACGGCGGUGUCUUAAUCCCAUAAUAGAAGAGGAAACCGAGGAUGUUCAUGGUCAAGCCGGUGCAAAGGGGAAGCGGGUUGAUACGUCGCAUCUCAACAUCACAGCAUGGCUAUCACCGAUGAGCGAUCAUUUUCCGACUCCAAGGGGAGUACACUAUCUUGCUGCCCCGAUCCUUCCAUCAUCGCCAUCGACAGUGUCAGCCGAUGAGAGUUCACCGACUUCAUUCUCCAACUCGAACUCGUGGAACCGAACCAGCUCAGUUACCGAUGGUACCGAAUUCGAUGAGCUGUACGAUCUCUAUGAUGUAUCUGACGAUGAAGCGAAUCGGGGUCUGCGCCGUUCAUCAUCCGUACGAAGAUCUCGAACGGCAUCCAUGGUUUUCGAGCCAGUUAUCAGACAACCCACCCCUCUCGUCAUCCCACCCACUAGAGACGAGAAUGACGAAACCUGGACUGCCGUCGAUGAGCUCAAGAAGAUUACCUCUCCGCUUCCGUUGACCCCAUCUGCGAAUCUUCCAAUGUCACCCGCGCAGAAGGAUUUCUUCGGCAAGCAGCAAGCUUUGGAUAUCCCCACAAUCUCAGCACCGCCGUCUCUUGAUGGAAGCCUAUCAUCAGAGCAACUCGCUACCAUGAGUUCUCCUCCAACUCCUGUGAUCGGUAACGAUGAGACCACUGCGGAAACCUCCUGGACAGGUGUACAUUUGCAGCCCGGUGCUCUAGCAACGUUGCAUGCUUUGUCUGGUGGGGAUGAAGAUGAAGACUUUAAGGACGAAGAUGAAGCUGCUGAGUUCAAUCAGGCGCAAUCCCAUCAGGUUCCAGAAAUGCAACAGAGUUCUCUCCGACUUGUUACCAACUUUCUAUCUCAGGCAACUCGGGAGAACAUCCAUUCCUCUAAUCUCGCUCGUCAAUCUUUGGCAGGGCUUACCAGGCUCAGCAUCCCAUCUCCCGGUGGCUUCUUUUCUGGAUUGUCACCUCGAAGCAGGAAUACUUGGCAUCCUAGAACCCUCUCGCCGCUCGAUUUAAUUCCCCCGACGUCUACGACAGCGGAGCAAUUCUAUCGUUGCCCUUGGAAUGCCAACGCCAACGCCGAUGCAUCCAUCCCCCCGGUACCUCAGCGCGACGAUGCAGAGGACUUUUACCGAAGCGUGGGUUUGACGUCGUCUGCCCCCGUUGAGCACAUUGUGGAGGUUCAAGCCGAUGAGAUCAAUGAAGAUGAUUUACCCACUGCUAGGCCCAUCAUUAGUCUUCAGACGAAUACUCAAGCAAGCGAGUCCGAUAAGUCUCCUGCUUCCCCCGAUGCAGAAGUCAUCCCUACCGAAAUCGUCGAAGAUUACGAUCCUAGCUAUGCUCGGAAGCAACAGCUCGAAGCGCUCUCAAAUCUGGACCGCACUGAGCUUUGGCUUGUGGCACAGCGAGCAUAUCUCAAAGGCGUAGAUGACGUUGAGACUAAUGGCGCUUUGGAAACAAUUGAGGAAGAUUUGGACGAGGAGGACGAGGAGGAGACUAAAUUGGAAAUCAAAACUGAGUCUGAAUCCGAGCAGAAACAGGGGCAAAAGGACGCCGUGGUAAAGAAAACCGUGCGAUUUUCCAACAUCAUCACCACAACGGCGGUGCCAAAGAGCCUCCCAUCUAAGCUCCUUCGUCAAGAAUCCGCCUACUACAGAGCCUUCCAAGACUACGUGGUCCGAACUCAGCAGAGCGAUGUUUUUGUUUCCCAACUUGCUCGCUUCGAGGCUCUUCAAGCGCAGAGAGUUGCACUUCGUUCUACUCACCACAGCCAACUGCUGGGAAAAUAUCAGCUUAGUGUUGUGCCCCAGUCCGCAAAGAAGCGCCUGAGUGCUAAUGUCGUACGCGGCGACGAUAUCCUGACUGAUGAUCCGGAAACGCUGCGAAAGGAGAAGGAGGCUGAGGCCAUGAAGCAAAUGACCAUGGCUACGUGGCAUGUGGCCGCAUUGAAAUUCCUCAAUGGUGGUAAACUCAUUUCCGCGCCGGUUACCAAGCGUCUAGCUCGACUCUCACGAAUGGCACCUGGCAAAGAUGGUGUUGCUCGUGACAGAGCCAGAAUUCUGGACCUUGGCGGUCAGUCAAGCUGCGAUUGGGCAUGGCACUGCGCUCUCCUUUAUCCCAACACCAAGGUAUACACGGUUACCACAAAGGCAGUUCGCCAGCUCUCCAACUCGAACAUCCGUGGCCCACCUAACCACCGUCAAGUUGCAGUGGAACGUCUGACAAAGCUUCCUUUUGCGGACAACCAGUUUGACUUGAUUUCCGCUCGCGAGCUCCACAGCCUGCUUAAGUUUAUUGGAGAAAACGGUGAGGAUGAGUGGGAGAAUUGCCUUCGGGAGUGCAUGCGAGUCUUGAAGCCUGGUGGCUACCUUGAGUUUUCUCUCCUCGACUCGGAUAUCAUGAACGCUGGUCCAUUGGGCCUUGCUAAGAGCGUGGAGUUUGGCUUCACCCUCAAGACUCUCGGUUACGACCCUAGUCCAACAAAGCUGUGGCUGGGCCGACUUGCUCGUGCUGGUUUUCACGAUGUUCGCCGCGCCUGGGUAUGUCUUCCUGUUGGAGCCAAGCCAGUGGUCAAGCCCCCCACUCCUCCCAAGGACAACCUAUCUGGAGCAGACGUUCAGGUCUGCCAGAUGGACGCAAUGGUAAUGGGGAGCACCGACGAUAUUGCUAGCGUCUGCAGCAUCGCUGGCGGCUGGAGCUGGGAAAGGUGGCUUCUCCGAUGCGAGAUGGAGAAGGUUGCAGGUGAACUGAGACUUGCAGACACCGUGACUGCUAGCCCUGCCAUCAAGGAAGCGGGCAAGUGUCUGGAGGGUGUCCAUGCUGUGAUGGAAGAGGGACGCAACUGCAGAGCAGGCUUCCGGAUGCUCAACGGAUAUGCCAGGAAGCCUCAGAUCUGGUAUCAAGCAUUCCGGAUGCUUCUAGGGUAUCCAAUCGCAAACAUCAUCAAAAGCGCCAGCCGGUUGAUGCCUCGGGACAGCAGCAGAAACCGACAGCCACGACCUUCCAACUCGAGCGCGAACCAGGGCACAGCAAGAGGGCAAAUGUCGAACCCAAACAACUGGCAGGAGGAGGCGAUGCGGCGUCUGCGCCAGAUGCAGACGCGGGGCGGGUAUCCCGGACGAGGAGGACCGCAGAUGCCCAGAGGAGCAAACGGCGCCUUGAUUGGAGGUGUUUUGCUGGCGGGCGGCGCCUGGCUGCUGUCGAACUCGCUGUUCAACGUGGACGGUGGUCACCGUGCGAUCAAGUACCAGCGGCUAAGAGGCGUGAGCAAGGAGAUUUACAGCGAAGGAACACACAUCAACAUUCCUUGGUUCGAGACACCCAUCAUCUACGAUGUACGAGCGAAGCCGCGCAACGUCGCUUCACUGACGGGCACCAAAGACUUGCAGAUGGUCAACAUCACCUGCCGUGUUCUGUCAAGACCGAAUGUCGAAGCCCUGCCCCAGAUCUAUAGAACACUUGGAACCGAUUACGAUGAGCGGGUGCUGCCAUCAAUUGUGAACGAGGUUCUGAAGAGCGUUGUUGCUCAGUUUAAUGCCAGCCAGCUUAUUACACAGCGAGAGAUGGUUGCUCGAUUAGUACGGGAGAACUUGUCCCGCCGAGCGGCGCGAUUCAACAUUCUACUCGACGAUGUGUCUCUGACGCAUCUUGCCUUUUCUCCAGAGUUCACAGCUGCCGUCGAAGCUAAGCAGGUUGCACAACAAGAGGCACAGCGAGCAGCCUUCGUUGUCGACAAGGCCCGACAGGAGAAGCAGGCCAUGGUUGUCAAGGCGCAGGGUGAGGCUCGAUCCGCCGAGCUGAUUGGUGAGGCCAUCAAGAAGAGCAAGGCCUACGUGGAGCUGAAGAAGAUUGAGAACGCCAGACUCAUUGCUCAGCAGCUGCAGGAGUCUGGGGCCAAGAACAGGCUGAUGCUGGAUGCUGAGGGCCUGGGUCUGAACGUGUUUGAAGAAUCAGAGAAGAAAUGAGGGGAAAACUGGUGAAGGUGGAAGAUAAUCUCCGCUGCAUGCUUGUCUGUACAAUGAAAACUGUAUUAUAAGAACUAUAUGGAGGCUGUAAUUGGCCCAGGGCACUGGCCACUGAAAUAUACAGAUACGAAUCCUCCCUC